CCCAGUUCCCCGCGUUCGCGGUGCACGCGCAAUUUUACACACACACUGCGGCUGUCGCCGAAGCUGGCUGCUACGGGGAGGUCUUUAUCCACUGUCACUUGCUGUAUUACCUAUAAGUGCGCACCGUGUGUAGCCAGCGAGCGAAUGCACGUCAGCUUGUGCGGAUAGCGAGCUUGUCAAUUUUGACCCUGGCCGGUGAGGGAACGUGCCGUGUCUCGCGCUUUUGUGUGGAAAACUAGCUGAGGCUGCAGUGAUCCAUCUUUCUGACGUGCCAAGAGUUGAGAUUGCUGCAGGGAAGUGCCAUCUUUCUGUUUAGCAGGCUUGGCACUUUGACGUCACUUCUUGCGGGGGUGGAAGCAGCUCGGACGACGUGUGUCCGUUGCAGAGAUUGUGGCCGACCUAAAAAACAUCUCGCUUUAGAAGCGACCGACGGCAACGUUUGCUGCUGACUACAAACUUUCGAUGUUGUCCUACGUGCAGCGUCGCCUGCGCAUCAAGCAGCCGUGGUACAGCCCAGCGAACCAGUGCGAUGACGCCGAUCACACGGACCCGGGUGCAAGUUGUGUCGGAGGCGAGUCCCUGAGGCUUUCCGCGACUGACGUGACACAAGUGCAGUUCGUUCGCUCUCGAGACCAUCACGCCGGCUGUGCGGCCGACGAGGAUAUCAAAACAGCUCGUCAAGGAUCUUCGUCUCCGGCGCCACCCCCUACCGACGGCAUGGCGGGAAAAAGUGGCGACUGCCUGCUGGCUACCAAGCGCGUUUUCUGGUUCGUGCGCUGUCACUGGCGGCGCAUCCUGGCACUCUUGGCGCCCGUGAUGCUCUCGCCUCUGCUCAUACUCCACGAUACCAAGGAGACGCGAUGUGCUUACGUCAUUCUUCUCAUGGCUGUCUACUGGAUGUUCGAAGUGGUUCACCUGUCCGUUACAUCGUUGCUGCCCGUCUGCUUGUUCCCUUUGUUCGGUGUACUGGACACUGCAAGCGCAACGGCACCAUACAUGAAGGAUGUCAUUAUGAUGUACUUGGCAGGCAUGAUCAUCGCAGCUGCUGUUGAAAACUGCAAUCUUCAUUAUAGGAUCGCUCUCCGCAUUCUGCUCAUUAUCGGCACCAAAACUCUCUGGCUUCUAUUAGGCUUCAUGGUCACUGCGAUGUUCCUGUCCAUGUGGCUCAGCAACAUGGCGACUACACUCAUGGUUCUGCCCAUCGUUGACGCAGUCGUCAACGAAAUCUGCAAGAAAAACUCUGAAGAGAGUCUCAGGAGCGGGUCUCCAGAAAGUGGGUACACCAACGAAGCUUUCCCUGCAGACAGCGCUGACGUCAACGUCGAAAGCUUUGAACUCCAGUCUAAGGAAGACGCUAAAAGAGCUUCGUGCUACGAGAGGUACCGGAACGCCAUGUUGCUGGGUAUCGCCUACGCGUCCAACAUCGGCGGCACGGGCUCGGUCAUCGGUACGGCUCCGAACCUGGUCGUCAUGGGGCUCGUCGAGGAGUUGUACCCCAAGUCCGGCUCCUUGAGCUUCGCAACCUGGAUGAUAUACAACGUGCCAACCAUGAUUGUGUGCGUGGCCUUCGCCUGGCUCUACCUCUACUUCCAGCUUGUUCCCAAAAGGUUACGUGGCAAUCAUCUGAACCCAGAAUCAAUUCGACUCGCUAUCAGAAAACGCUACAGUGAGCUCGGAGCCUUGUCGUUCCACGAAGGCGCUGUACUGUUCAUCUUUAUCGUCAUUGUGCUGCUGUGGUUCUUCCGGGACCCGUACGUCGUCACCGGCUGGUCCUCUUUCUUCGCACUUGGCAAGAAAAUCAAGGACGCCACACCGGCCAUGCUUCUGGUGAGCCUGCUGUUCCUCGUACCGGCGAGGCCGAUCGCUGAGCCUCAGGGACCGGCUCUGCUCGAGUGGAACGUGGUGCAGAGAAAAAUUCCUUGGGGCGUUCUUCUGCUCAUGGGAGGCAGUUUCUCCAUGGCAGAAGCAUCAUCGAAAUCCGGGCUGUCCCGGAUGUUGGGCCAGUACCUGACCAAACUGGACGUGCUCCAUCCGGUAUUGUUAGUGGCCGUUCUCUGCAUUUUCACCACCACAGUCACCGAGAUCGCAAGCAACACAGCGACUGCCAGCGUUCUCCUGCCCAUCACUAGUUACCUCGCCCAGGCCCUGAGGAUUCAUCCGUUCUUCCUCAUGAUCCCUGUGACAAUAUCGGCGUCAUUUGCCUUUAUGUUGCCCGUGGCUACGCCUCCCAACGCCAUGGUUUACGAGCAUGGAAACAUGAAGCUGAAGGACAUGGUAAAGGCGGGAAUUGUGAUGAACAUCGCCUGCAUAAUCAUCGAAAUGAUUGCCAUCAACACUUUGGGCGAGUGGACAUUCGGUCUCUCCAGCUUCCCAGCUUGGGCUGAGAUGGGAAACACCACAGUCUCGACGAGAUCGGUCAACGUCUCGAUGUCGCCAAGCGCGUCUUAGUAGCGCUUUGACAGCCACAUUUUCAAGUACCUGAACGGAGAGAGUUAUACUGUACGAAGAGUGUAAUGCUCUGCUGUGACCUUCGAGAUCAUCUGCAGACGUACUCGGGCCCGGUUAGUAAGCUAGCUGGAGAUGCCACUUGUAGAAGCAAGCGCUUAUUUUCCGUUGAAAUAUUUGCGUACUCGUGAUGAUGAUCUCUAAAUGACGAGUUAACGUGCGUUGUAUUUUGACAAGUGUGAUGGUGAAAGCUUCUAACAUUUUUUCAUAGAAGGCACAGGACAUUAAGUUCUGAUAAAGAUGAGAGACUUGAUGUUCACAGCAUUCUUGAAAACUCAGGGUUCAGGAACUCGUUACUAGGUGAAAUCCGAGACACCGCUUUGAAUCGAAAACACUGAUCAAUUCAGCAGGCAUCAACUUCGCGACUAGUAAUAUCAUCACCCAGGAGCCUUCAUGUCAUCGCCGUUUUCAACUGAUGAACCUGCGUGUCACCAAUAUCCGCUUUCGUCGUCACGUAUAUAUGCCAUGGCUGUCGCAAUGUGGCGGUAACAGGUCCGAAUGAUUCGCGAGCUUCAAAUUUUUUUACGAAAAUCUUUCUUCGCCAACCCUAUUUCGCGCUGUAAACACAGCAUAGCGUCACACACAAUAUAUUUAUAACGUUACACAAUUAUUUAUGUCGGCGCAUAUAACGUAGCGGCCGUAGUGAAAGUACUCACAGCAAGCUGUUAACCACGGUUGUAGCUUCAGCGUCAUUAUGCCAUAAAACCGGCUAUGUAUUUUGAUAACAAGCGCCCAAAUACUCCCUAAGAAUAUUCUACGAUGGACACACUUUAUUCGAUGAAAAUAUGUUUGGAUUCCGCGAAUUCUUAUCACAAUGGAGUGCUGUGUUGGGCUGCCAAUUAACACCAGUUUUAUAUUUAACUUCAUUUACGGGAGUGAUCGUAAGCCCUGGACAAAGUAAGCUUACUCCUCUUGUGCCCAAAAGAAGUGAACGUACUCCAUUUGGGGCAUGGGUGCAUAGGGAACCUUGGAAAUGGAGUUGCAAUAUAUGACAUCAAAAAGAGUGGUCAGUACUGCCUUUGCGCUUACACUGUAACAACUUACACCCUUUGGGGCGUAUCUUGUUCUGAAACGAUAAUCGUCAUCUAUCUUGCGUGCAUUUCCUUUCUUUGACACUCGGCGCUCACAACAUUCCUGUCAAGAACGCUAUGUCACGUUGAUAUGCGCAUGCAGUUCGUGACCUGAAAGUACCGGGCGAGCAGCGUUAGAUGGGAAAGACAUGCAAGAUGGAGGACAAGUUUAAUAUCGUUUGAGUACAAGAUAAGUCCCAGUGGUUGAAAAACUUGCUUAGAAUGUAAUUAGGGUGUAAUUCUGUCACAGAACAAUCUUCAAUCAUUAUCAAUCAUGUUUGCAUCACUUUCCUACCAUAAAGGUCAUGUGUCUCGGCGAGGGUUUAAGACGGGAAAGUAUAGCGUACGAGCAGCGUUAAAGAAAAUGCAGACAUGAUCGAUAGCGAUUUUUGUUCGGUGACGAAAAUACGCACUAAAGAAUAUGGCACUGUGAAAGAUGGAGAAGCAGGAAAUAAUUAAAUUUUGAACAAUUGUCGCAAUGUAGUGCCAGACUGAAAUGGGUCAUUGAAAUCACGUAGAUCAACUACCAUUCAGCUCGUGUUACCAUUCCUGUUGCGCGCUUUAGUCAUAGAAAGGCAGCUCAAGGCUCAGAAGAAAGCAUGAAUGUUUUCGGACUCGAGCAUGCUUUGCUCAAGCCUUUGGAAAAGAAAAGUCUGUUAGGACAAAAACAUUUUAUAGAUAAGUUUCGUACGUAUAGACUCAAGUCAUUGCGUCAUUGUACACUUCGUGGAAUAAAAUCAUCCCAAAGCCAGCAUAAGUUUCUUGUUUUUUUUUUCUUCGGCAUGUUCAGACGAAAGUUAUCAUUUCGUGGAAGCCUUAAUAUCAUGUUAUGCAAUUUGACAAUUUCGACGCAGUGCCCAUUUAACUGGACAUCAAUGGCCUGAACCUCAACAACUGUGCUUCGCGCUACUAUCUUUGGUCAAUGGCGAAUUCCGCGAACCAUGCUGAACAGAGUGUGUGCGAUUACUUAAUUGAGAAAAUCAAGCGUAUUGGUUUCACCACAUGAUUUCAUUGCAUGUUACAAUGAAACGCGGUCAUGGCAGCUCACAUACAGCGAAAUGUUCCCAGCAGCGAGCAACAUGCGCUCUGUGAGCAGUUAUCAAUGGGAUUUAUAUCACUUGUAAGCUCUUAUAACUGCAUCUCUUGAACUCGGCGCACUUACCGGCAGCACCGAAAUGCGUUGUUCAAUUCAGGAUGCGGAACCGGUCGUAGCAGGUCACAUUGUCGAGGAGGACGAACGCAGGUACACGAAGCCGUUGACUCAUGUGGCCGGACGCAUGUACAGGUCGAGGUCCUGGUUUUGACCAUGCAAACUUACGUAUGGCAGUGCCGUGAAACGAAAGUGAUGCACAGAAACUGCUGAGUCAUCUCGAGUAAUUAUUGCUGAAGAAUACGACGUCGGCGACGACGACGACGAUGAUGAUGAUGAUGAUGAUGAUGAUGAUGAUGAUGAUGAUGAUGAUGAUCGAGUAUAUGCUGAAGAUGAAGGGUGAUUACUGAUAUGAAGAUGAAGGGGAAUGCUCACACCUCGUUAAGCAUUAAGUUUGGAAAUCAAGGACUGAUUCUACUAGAGCUCUGCACAAGCCCGGGCUGGUCCAAUAGCCCAGGCCCGCGGGCCUGAAGCCUUUGGGCGUAGGCCAAGCUCGGGCUUGAAUCCGUGGCCCGGGCCCGUUCGCUGAUGGGCCUACAGAUGGGACCUUCGAACACAUGCGAGCAAUUUGCAUACAUCCGAGGUAUUCUGUGCAUAGCUAUAGAGCGAAAAAUUAAAAAAAAACCUUAAUUAGGUUAGCAAACAAAAUAAAAAAGAGUUCUAAUUACUGUUCGUUUGAUUUCAUUGUGUAAAAAGCUUUCUAAUUAUUUUUGUUGCUUUGCUGCUAGAAAACGAGCUUUGUUCUCGCGAAAGAGGAAAUUAUACUA